AUGGGCGCCGCCAUCACCUGCGGGGAGAAGGGGUGUGACCGCAGCUUCCAUCUCCCCUGCGCCUCACGGGGCGAAUGUGUCACCCAGUUCUUCGGGCUGUACAGGUCCUUCUGCUGGGAGCACCGCCCAGAGCAGGCCGUGAAGGCUAAGCCAGGGCAGAACAGCACCUGCAUCAUCUGCCUGGACCCCGUGGAGGACAAUAAGUCCUACCACACCAUGGUGUGCCCAGCAUGCCGACACGCCUGGUUCCACCGGAGCUGCAUCCAGAAACAGGCUAUCCACGCUGGCGUCCGCCUCUGCUGCCUGCGUUGCCGAAACCAAGAUCAGUUUGUGAUGGAAAUGCUCGCCAUGGGGAUUCGAAUCUCCAAGAGCUUCACGGAGGAGCUGGAAACAGGGUGGGGGCAGAGGAGCAGGGACAGCCUGGACCUGCCCGAUGCUGGGGCCAGCAGGGGCUCAACACUUUUCCCUUCCUUCUCCAGCAGACAACCAUCAUGGGAGAGUGACCAGGCAUGCGGACCAGUCUAUCAGAGGCACAGACGCUGCAACGCCAGCAAGCGCCUUUGUCCGGGAGGCAGCGAGCAGGCAGAGGAAGAGGGUGCAACUGCUGUGCUGGCCUGGGCGCUGGUAAGAGGCAAAGCACCCGGGUGCCCCUGUGCUGCUGUGGCCAGUGUCCCAGCUAGGCCUGGGAGCAGGGGCUUAGGGUGGGCUUUGGCUCCAGGAAGGCUGUGGGCACCACGAUGGCCUCUCCUUCCCCAGGGCUGGGUGGCCGUGCCGCUGACUUUCCUGCCUCCCCUCGCAGCCUCCCGUGACAACUCAGAGCUUGCCAGCCCCAGCACCACCAGCCAGGCGGCAUCGGGGCUGUCCCACAGCUCCCUGGGCUAUGAGAGCAGCAGGCCCAGCACCAUCAAACAGGCGCCACUGGGGCCAUCCUGCAGCUCCCCGGUGCCUGAAAGUAGCAGUUGCUCCAGCCACCCUGGGCCAGACCGGAUCCGAUACCGCUCACGGUUACAACGGCAGGCGCAAAAACCUUACAGCCAGCCUGGAAAUCACUGCAGGACCAGCCGUGUGCCAGCCCCGAGUGCUGAAAGCAGUGCCUUCGGCACUGCCAGCCAGCUGGCAUUGGGACCAUCCUGCAGGUCCCCAGCGCUGGGAGGCAGCAGCCCCAGCACUGACAGACAGAUGGCACUGGGCCUGUUCCGAGGCUCCCCAGUGCCCGCGAGAAGCAGCUGCUCCAGCCACCCUGGGCCAGACCGGAUCCGAUACCGCUCACGGUUACAACGGCGGGCGCAAAAACCUUACAGCCGGCCUGGAAGACGCCGCUGACCGGGCAUGCGCCAGCCCCAAGUGCUGGCCCCUAUCCCCCAGCACAAUAAAGCUGGCUGCUCAUCUCAUCCAACGCAGAAAGGGACUUGUGAUUGUACCACUCUCUGUGUCUCUAAUGGUACCUGUAACCGUAUCUG